CUUAGAGCAAUAAAUGUAGAUCUCCAGAGUGAUGCUGCUCUGCAAGUGGAUAUCUCAGAUGCACUCAGUGAGAGGGACAAAGUGAAAUUCACUGUCCAUACAAAGAGUUCCUUACCAAAUUUCAAGCAAAAUGAAUUUUCUGUUGUCCGGCAACAUGAAGAGUUUAUUUGGCUUCAUGAUUCUUUUGUUGAGAAUGAGGACUAUGCUGGCUAUAUUAUUCCACCAGCACCACCCAGGCCUGACUUUGAUGCCUCGAGGGAGAAACUGCAGAAACUUGGAGAAGGGGAAGGAUCAAUGACUAAAGAAGAAUUCACCAAGAUGAAGCAAGAACUGGAGGCUGAAUAUUUGGCAAUAUUUAAGAAGACAGUUGCAAUGCAUGAAGUGUUUUUAUGUCGCGUGGCAGCGCAUCCUAUUUUGAGAAAGGAUUUAAAUUUCCAUGUAUUCUUGGAAUAUAAUCAGGACUUGAGUGUUCGUGGCAAAAAUAAGAAAGAGAAACUUGAAGACUUCUUUAAAAACAUGGUUAAAUCAGCAGAUGGUGUAAUUGUUUCAGGAGUAAAGGAUGUGGAUGACUUCUUUGAACAUGAAAGAACAUUCCUUGUGGAGUAUCACAACCGAGUCAAAGAUGCCUCUGCCAAAUCUGAUAAAAUGACAAGAUCACAUAAAAAUGUGGCGGAUGACUAUAAUAGAAUUGGUUCUUCAUUAUAUGCAUUAGGAACGCAGGACUCCACAGAUAUAUGCAAGUUUUUUCUGAAGGUAUCAGAGUUAUUUGACAAAACAAGGAAAAUAGAGGCCCGGGUAUCUGCUGAUGAAGAUCUUAAACUUUCUGAUCUUCUGAAAUACUACUUAAGGGAAUCUCAAGCUGCUAAGGAUCUCCUAUAUAGACGAUCUAGGUCACUAGUGGAUUAUGAAAAUGCUAAUAAGGCAUUGGAUAAAGCAAGAGCAAAAAAUAAAGAUGUACUGCAAGCUGAAACUACUCAGCAAAUAUGCUGUCAAAAAUUUGAGAAAAUUUCUGAAUCAGCAAAACAAGAACUGAUAGACUUUAAGACAAGAAGAGUUGCAGCAUUCAGAAAAAAUCUGGUGGAACUAGCAGAACUGGAAUUAAAGCAUGCUAAGGGUAACUUACAGCUGCUGCAGAGCUGCCUGGCAGUGUUAAAUGGUGACACAUAAGCUACGCUCCGUCCUCCCACUGACAAGGGCUGCCCUCCUCUGGAUUUUGUUUUCAUGACUUUAAAUAGGCAUUUGCAGUUCCCUGGAGAAAACAUUUGACAAAGUGCACAUAAGCAAGCUCCUUCUUUCAAAAGAAUUAAAACAAACACCUGAAAGUACUAUACGAAGCAACAGCAUACUUGUUAUACAUACAUACUCAUGUUUAUUUAAUCAUUAUAUGCUUUCAUUGUUCAGAAACCAAAUGCUCUGUUUUUGUGAAAAUAGCCAAUAUAAUUAUGUUCAUGUUAUGAAUACUACGAUACGGCUGCCAAUCUUAUUUACCUUUGUAAGUAAUUUCUGAGGUUCACCAUUUGAAGCACGAGGUUCAAAUGGCCUAACUAUUACCAUUAGAUAUUUGAAUAUUGUUACUAUAAUGGCAUUGUAUACACUGUCUUAGUUUUUUUCCAUGUACUGAUAUCAACAAAUUUAAUCUUUUUUUCAAUUGUGAACAUUUCUUAGAAAUUUUGGAGAAUUUUGUGUAACCUUUAUAACUAUGAUUUAAAAAGAAAAGCAAAUGCAUUAGUAUGUUUGCCUUAACUUGUAGACUAAUCCAGUUAUUGUAAAAUAAACCAUGAAAUCAAUGAUUUUUCUAAAAUUA